ACUCGCUGGAAAGACCCUCCGCGCCAGGGGCCGCUCCAAAGCCAGGUCAACCAGUAGGGCCGAGAGGACAGAGCCCUACGCCGAGGGAGCAGCACCGCGGGCAAGGCGGAGGCCGAAGACGGGCUCCAGGCACCGAUCCUCGCGUGGCCUGGUGCCCCCAGCCCCGGAGGCGUCCCAAGGCGCUUCUUGUCCCUGCAGCAGCCACCCCGCCAGCGCUUGCUGAGCAGUGCCACCAACUCUGCGCUAGAAGAAAAACUUCCCGCUCGAGGCAGAACUGCGGCGCCUCCUCCCAAGUGACUCCGGGAGCCCUGUCUGCGGUCGGCUCUGCCAGUACUUUCAAAGAAUAAUAAUAAUUGUUAACUUUCACCAUCCAGAGAGAGGCCAGGGAGGCUCUGCACUCCUGACCCAAACAAUAGCCUCCUCUCUCCGUGCGCUGCCGCGCGUGGUGCCUCCCAGAGCUCGGGUGCAGCUAGCGGUCCCCACAGGGUUCCAGAGGCCUGCGGCGGGCGGCGACAUGGGGAACGCCGAGCUAGCGCGGGAGUCUCGGGGCUCGCAGUCUGCGCCAGGGCUGCUGCUGCUCGCGGCGGCCGCAGCGCUGCUGGUUGUACCCGGCGCGCACGGGCGCCCCGCGGAGGAAGACGAGGAGCUGGUGCUGCCGGCAGUGGAGCGCGGCUCCGGACACGGCACAGCGCACCUCCGCCUAGAUGCCUUCGGCGGUCAGCUGAACCUGGAGCUGCAGCCGGACCGCGGCUUCCUGGCUCCCGGCUUCACGCUCCAGACCGUGGGACGCAAACCCGGGCCCGAUGCGCUGCCUCCGGACCAGGUCGGCGACCUGGCGCACUGCUUCUACUCCGGCACCGUGAACGGCGACCCCAGCUCGGCUGCGGCUCUCAGCCUCUGCGAGGGCGUGCGCGGUGCCUUCUACCUGCAGGGAGAGGAGUACUUCAUCCAACCCGCGCCUGCCGCCGCCACGGUACGCUUCGCCCCCGCUGCCGCCGCCGGGGAGGAGCCACCGACACAGCCUCAGUUCCAUCUCCUGCGGCGGAGGCGGCGGGGCGGUGGCGGCGCCAAGUGCGGGGUUACGGACGACGAAACUCCGCUCUCGAGGGGCGCGGGGCCAGAGGGCAAGGACUCCGGGGAGCAGUGGUGGCCGAGGGACCCGGCGCCGCAGCGCGCGGGGCAGCCAACAGGAAGUAGAAGCAUAAGAAAGAAACGAUUUGUGUCCAGCCCCCGUUAUGUGGAAACCAUGCUCGUGGCCGACCAGUCGAUGGCCGAGUUUCAUGGCAGUGGCCUGAAGCACUACCUUCUCACCUUGUUCUCGGUGGCAGCCAGGCUCUACAAACACCCCAGCAUCCGGAAUUCCAUCAGCCUGGUGGUAGUGAAGAUUCUGGUCAUCUAUGAGGAACAGAAGGGACCAGAAGUGACUUCCAACGCUGCCCUCACACUCCGGAACUUCUGCAACUGGCAAAAGCAGCACAAUCCACCAAGUGACCGGGAUGCCGAGCACUAUGACACGGCGAUUCUUUUCACCAGACAGGACUUGUGUGGGACCCAGACAUGUGAUACCCUUGGAAUGGCCGAUGUUGGCACUGUCUGUGAUCCUAGCAGAAGCUGCUCCGUCAUAGAAGAUGAUGGUUUACAAGCUGCCUUCACCACAGCCCAUGAAUUAGGCCACGUGUUUAACAUGCCACACGAUGAUGCUAAGCAGUGUGCCAACAUCAACGGUGUCAGCCGGGAUUCCCAUAUGAUGGCGUCAAUGCUUUCCAACUUGGACCACAGCCAGCCCUGGUCCCCCUGCAGUGCCUACAUGAUUACCUCAUUUCUGGAUAAUGGUCAUGGGGAAUGUUUGAUGGACAAGCCCCAGAGCCCCAUACAGCUCCCCUCUGAUCUUCCCGGGACCUUGUAUGAUGCCAACAGGCAGUGCCAGUUUACAUUUGGGGAGGAGUCCAAACACUGCCCGGAUGCAGCCAGCACAUGCACGACCCUCUGGUGCACGGGCACCUCUGGCGGGCUGCUGGUGUGCCAAACCAAGCACUUCCCCUGGGCAGACGGCACCAACUGUGGAGAAGGGAAAUGGUGUGUGAACGGCAAGUGUGUGAACAAGACGGACAAGAAGCAUUUUGAUACUCCUGUUCAUGGAAGCUGGGGGCCAUGGGGACCCUGGGGAGACUGUUCGAGAACGUGUGGUGGAGGAGUUCAGUAUACAAUGAGGGAAUGUGAUAAUCCAGUCCCGAAGAACGGAGGGAAGUACUGUGAGGGCAAGCGUGUGCGCUACAGGUCAUGUAACAUCGAGGACUGUCCAGAUAACAAUGGAAAAACCUUUAGAGAGGAACAAUGUGAGGCACACAAUGAGUUCUCCAAAGCCUCCUUCGGAAGCGGCCCAGCGAUGGAGUGGACACCCAAGUACGCUGGAGUCUCGCCAAAGGACAGGUGCAAGCUCAUCUGCCAAGCCAAAAGCAUUGGCUACUUCUUCGUUCUGCAGCCCAAGGUGGUAGAUGGUACCCCGUGUAGCCCAGAUUCCACCUCUGUCUGUGUGCAAGGACAGUGUGUAAAAGCGGGUUGUGAUCGCAUCAUAGACUCCAAGAAGAAGUUUGAUAAAUGUGGCAUUUGUGGAGGGAAUGGAUCUACGUGCAAGAAAAUAUCAGGAUCAGUUACUAGUGCCAAACCUGGAUAUCAUGAUAUCGUCACGAUUCCCACUGGAGCCACAAACAUUGAAGUGAAACACCGGAAUCAGAAGGGAUCCAGAAAUACUGGAAGCUUCCUUGCCAUCAAAGCUGCCGAUGGCACAUAUAUCCUGAACGGUGACUUCACUUUGUCCACUUUAGAGCAAGACAUCACAUACAAAGGGAGUGUCCUGAGGUACAGUGGCUCCUCUGCAACCUUGGAAAGAAUUCGCAGCUUUAGCCCUCUCAAAGAGCCCUUAACCUUCCAGGUCCUUACAGUGGGCAAUGCCCUUCGGCCGAAAAUUAAAUACACCUAUUUCGUGAAGAAGAAGAAGGAAUCUUUCAAUGCCAUCCCUACUUUCUCAGAAUGGGUCAUUGAGGAGUGGGGGGAAUGUUCCAAGUCCUGUGGACUGGGUUGGCAGAGGAGACUGGUAGAGUGCCGCGACCUCAACGGGCAGCCUGCUUCGGAGUGUGCGAAGGAAGUGAAGCCCGCCAGCAGCCGACCCUGCGCGGACCUGCCCUGCCCCCACUGGCAGCUGGGGGAUUGGUCGCCAUGUUCCAAGACUUGCGGGAAGGGUUACAAAAAGAGAACCUUGCAGUGUCUGUCCCAUGAUGGGGGGGUGUUGGCUCAUGAGAGCUGCGACCCUUUAAAGAAACCUAAACAUUACAUAGACUUUUGCACGAUCGAAGAAUGCAGUUAAGCAGGGUCAGUGUUGAGGGAAAGAUGAGGGAAGAAGGGCUGAGGCACUGAAACCCAGAAGGCUGAAGGGACCCAGUGUAACUUGUUGGUGAUCAACAAGGUGUAUCGAUGAGUUCAGAGUGUAGUGGUAGGUAGAAAAGAAGUUAGGUCAUCAGAAUACCCGCCAGUUACAAAUUUGAUAGGGUAGUUACCAUGGUUACUAACCUCUGAGGAAAAAUAUAGCAUGAUAAAGCCCCAGGGCGUUAUUAUUAUUACUAUUUUUCUUACAUCUUGACAUGCUUUUAAAAUACAUUAUGACAUGUUUUUUGUUGUUUUCUUUUAAAUAGACACAAUUGUCAAAAUAAGUUUAACACAUAUUAGAAUCCCUAUUUCCUGGUACUGAUUAAACACUUUAUAUCGAGGGGGGUGGGAAAUGCAAAGCAGGAGAAAUGUGAGAUGUGUAGCUUAAGGCAUGGCUUACUUUACCUCACUAACAAUGGAGGGAGAAAGGAGUGCAAAUGCGAGCUUGGGCCAGCACUGGUUUUGGUUGCUAUGGUUUCAGAGAAGAUUUAUGCCACCACCCUUUCUUCCGAGAGUUAAGAAUUCAAGAAUUCUUUGGAGAAAUGUUUAGCAACAUCAAAUGACUCCAUCUUUACCUUUCUGUGCUGGUCUUCUGUUUUUAUGUGUGAGUUCAUGUUGACAAAGAAACAAUCCCAUGUAUUUGUAAAAAUGCAUUAAGUCUACAAGGGGAAAAAAA